CCAAACUUGGGACAAAGUUGUAAAUAUGACAGAAUAUCUCCAGGCAACAGCAGCAGCAGGCUAAGCGAAAUUUCCUAAACAGUUUUUUUUCUCUCUUCCGCCACAACAAAUUCCUCUGAUUUGUAUUCCUGCCCCUGCCUCUGCUGGUGUUCGCCUGGUGUUCUUGUCGCCUCUCUGUAUUUAUUUUGUCGAUUACGGAGUACAGGACCUACCUACCUAGAGGUAGUAAUUGCAAGAUGUCGGCCCAGCCUAUCAGUAUUCAAGAUCAGGACGAGAUCUACAACAUACAGUCCACAGAAAGACAGGAACUCCUUCAGCAGCUCAAACAAGCCAUGGGCACCGAGAACGUGUCCGUGCCUUUCUGGGCCUGCUUGCAGGUUUGCGAUCUCAACUGCCUGCGAAAAAUGAUAGCAAACACCUGCAGCGGACCGAUUUUCAUCAAUGUUCUGCAAUCAACUGCUCUCGCCAUCCCUCUCCAUUGGAUGCAAAAGAGCCCAGGAGAAAGAAAUUUGGGAACAUCCAGCCCAGCAAGCCCAGCCACCCCAAAUCGCCCAUUUGGGACUCCCGAUCGCGCUCCUAGUAGAAGAUCCCAGGCCUUGAAGAACUUGGUCAUGGAGCGUGAUGAUACUCUCUGCAUACUCACCAAGAUGGGCUGCGUGACGGAAGUAGCUCAUAUUUACCCCGUCAGUCUCCUCCAACCACAACAACGAUCCAACCUUGCCGCAUGCAUUCCACCCUUCUGGCACUUGCUGCGCAUCUUCUUCGACCAAAAUCGUCUUGACAAAUGGCAUUCGGCCAUCUUUCGGGAUGCACUACAACCAGAUCGGGCGAUGGAUGGGGUUUUCAAUCAGAUCUGCCUUACUGCAUCGGCACACACCGCGUGGACCAAAGGACUAUUCGCCUUGCGGCCUCUUCAAGAGGCCGCGGAUAGAAGAUCUUUGUCUGUAGAGCUCCACUGGCAGCCAGUACAAACGCAUACCAAGUUCGAUGCCAUUGAUCUACUCUCCCCACCUGGCCAGUCUCGCGAUCUUGAAGGUUCAGGUUCCUUCGUUCUCUACUCUCGCAUCUUCAACCGGCUACUACGAACGGGCGACAUCCUUGUGCUUACUACUCACAACCCCGAGACCCACCCCCUGCCGAGCUUUGCCUUACUGGAGAUGCAAUGGUUUCUGACGCGCAUCGUGUCGAUGUCUGCAGCCGCCGAUGAGUACAACAGGAACAACUUCAACGAUGAUGUUGAGGGUGCUGCCCCAGCACUUGACACCUUUCACAGCCGCGCCCUACAUGAAUCCAUCUCAGAGAUGUUUUCAUCCACGCCCAAAUGGCAACAUGACCCCCAAUUGAGCCAGUCUAACUCCUCUGUGGGGGAAAGGGAGGAUGAUGACGUCGAACAGUCUGUGACUACCGCCUCCGUUGGCCCUUCUCCUUCCAAGACCAGACAGGUCGAGAACACACUAUCUGCAGUAACCGAGGAUUCCGCCUCAGAGGCUUGAGUUAGUAUUUUCCAAGGUGGAGAGUUUUGUCUUCUUCCUUUAUUUUGCGACAGCCACUCAACCAUGCAGGGGUGUAUUUUGCUCUUCUGUGCCGCGCUUGACCAUAUUCCUCGCCAGCCGCUUUAUCCUCGCAUAACCAACGUGGCGCCCAUCCUGAUCGGCGAGCUGGCGCAUCCCCUCGAAUAGAUGAACUCAUUGGUCGACAGGUACAUGACUGUGUCUGAAGAGGGGUAUUCAGUAGAGAAGAGGCUGCACUAGCUCGUCUCCUCGUAGUUGUUUAAUUAAUACAUUAAUAUGGGAUCUAGGUAUUCAUAGUGCACUAGCCAGCUGUCAUCUUAGAUGGGCUAGUAUACCAACCUUAAUUGACCGUUUGGGUUGCCUUAUCUAGAAACUGGUACAAUAGUUAUGGUGGGGUAUCGGCUUGGC